AACUUAAUUCUGCAACACAACUGACAAAAUCAAACAGGAAAAGAAACCCCCUGCUCGGCGGCGCUAAACCAAUACAAGAAACUGGGGUUUUCCGUUGAAUGCUCUGAAAACAGAAAUGGCGAACGAAAUGGAAGAACUAAUUGGUUUCCUCUCGUCUCCUUCUCCACAAGUGAAGAAGGUAGCUGUUGAUAUUGUUCGUGGAUUAACUGGGUCGGAGGAUGGGUUACAAUCUCUUGCUAGUUACUCUAAAACCGUGCUUCCAUCCUUGUCUCGACUAUUAGGUGAAAAGAAGGAUGUCUCUGAACCAGCAACAGAAGCUCUCGUGAAUCUGUCCCAAAAUUCUGAUUUGGCAGCUAAGAUGAUUGAAAUGGGUAUAAUUAAAGUGACCAUGGAUAUUCUAUACAAACAAGGAUGUGACAUCACGGGACUACUGGUCAUGCUCCUUGUUAAUCUUACACAACUGGAUGCUGGUGUUGAAUCAUUGCUUCAGCUGGAAGAUGAUAAGGUGCAGGGGUUGUAUGUCAUGAAACUUGUGAGAUCAUUCUGCACAUCAUCCAAUGAGAAAAAAGAUGAUCCAUUUGGACAUGUUGGUUCGAUACUCGUAAAUGUUUCAAAAAACAAAGCAGGGAGAGUACUUCUUUUAGACCCUAAGCGUGGGCUCUUGAAACAGAUCAUUAGGCAGUUUGAUUCCACAAGCCUAUUGCGGAAGAAAGGGGUAUCUGGAACUAUUCGGAACUGCUGUUUUGAAGCUGACAAUCAGCUACAGAAUUUGCUUUUGAUAUCAGAGUUUCUUUGGCCAGCUCUACUACUACCAGUUGCUGGAAACAAGGUGUAUAAUGAACAAGAUACUUCAAAAAUGCCUCUUGAAUUAGGAAGUGCACUCUCAAUUGAGCGUGAAUCAGUUGUCGAUCCUGAAAUCCGCAUCCAAGCAUUGGAGGCUAUUUACUUGAUCGUAUUACAGGGGGCAGGUCGAAGGGCAUUUUGGUCAGUGAAUGGACCACGGAUACUCCAAAUCGGGUACGAGGAGGAGGAAGAUCCUAAAGUAAUGGGUGCUUACGAGCAAAUUGGCUCCCUGCUAGUUGAAGGCAACGACACCGAGGAAGGAUCGAUGCAGACAUCUUUGUAGUAUAUGGCAUCAAUUCUUAUGUUGUUCAACCAGUUGUCUUCUUCCUAAUUUAGAAGAAUGGAUGGUAUGGUUUUUAAUGAGGUUGCCUCAGCCCAAACACAAUCUGCACCCAGCAUGAAGCAUAGAAAUUAAGUUAAAACUCAUAUGAUACUUUGAUAAAUUUAUCUUGUAUUAUCAGUUUCUAGUCAUUUGAAACAUGUGUCUGAAAUUUGUUCUUCCAAGUGGUUGGAAUUUAUUUAAAACGAUCUGUUUUUAAUUUCUACUUUGUGUAUAGUAAGAUGAAAAGGGGGGGAUUAUCA